AUGUCGAUAGAUGUGUGGUUAAACAUAGGACAUAUAGGUCUUUAUGGUCACGAAAACAAAACAGAAUUUCUGAUUGGACAGAAUGUUGCUUUAACUGGUGUUGUAUCAUCGGAGGGCAUAAGCAAACAAUGUGCUAUGAUUAGUUCGAAUGAUCCUGUCCGAAUAUACGCCUUUCUUAAGGAUGCAGAUUCUAUGGAAGGUUUUCUUGUCAUUCCAUUAGAGUUCCUAUCAACGAAUUACGUUAUACCAUCUUUUUUCGUUCAACCUGAAGCAUAUUUUUAUAGAAAUAAAGAUAGUGUAUUUGCUAUAGGAGUUCUGUAUUCAAAUACAACUAUAAAUAUUACACUGCAAAUUGACGACGGAUCAAUCACUUACGAGGGAACAAAUUACACGACAAAUCAAACUUUAUCUAUCGUGUUAGACGAGAAGACAAUUUUUCAACUGUCACAUGACACUGACCUUACCGGAACUACAAUAUCAGCAUCUAAUCCUAUUGCAAUUGUCAGCGGUAAUCGAUGUAAUACCGUAGCAACUCCUAAACCUGAUUCAAGUUUCUACUGUCAACCUUUUAUGGAAAUGAUACUUCCAGUGAAUCAGUUGGACAAUGAAUACGUGAUUCCAAAAUUAGCCUUACGUGUAAACAAUACUGUUCGAAUAUUGUCUGUCAAUCAUACAGAAGUCACAAUACAAAAGGCCGACUCUAUCAUAUCAACAAGUACAAUUAUGUCUGGAGCCUUCAUUGACUUCCAAUAUGAUAAUAUUUCUUCUGUUCGUUCAAUGAGUGACAUUAUGGUUAUGCUUUACCCUGAAGAUCAAAAUAUCCGAAUCGGUUCAUUCAUGAUGACUGUUACAGGAAUACACCAAUAUUUGUAUGAAUACGAUUUCAUCGUUCCAUAUGUACGGUAUGUAAACUUUAUAAGCAUUACUGUGAAAUCGGAUGAAUUAAAUGGAUUUAUUCUCGAUGGCCAACUACUGAAUGUUCAAGAUGUUUUUGAUAUUACUCACAAUUCAGACCUCUUCAGCAGUUUCAGCCUUCCCAUUUCUCCAGGUGAACAUUAUAUUGUGCAUGCGACUAAGGCCAGAUUCGGUCUAUGGGUAUAUGGUGAGAAAUACGGUUACCAAGGCGGAAUGGCAUUUAAAACAUAA